GACGCUGCUCGGCGCUCCUCGUCAGCUACGAGAGACCCAUAUGCUGAUCAGAGCCAGGCUCUAAAGCGAUGGGAACCUCACCAAACGUGCUGCUAAGAGUCUGAAACACACCAGCAACUUGUCGCGUUUUAACCGAACUUUACAAACAGCCAAGCCUCGCAUGGUGGCGUGAAGCUUUAGAACUCUGGACGAAGCAGUCAUGGACCCGAGAGACACAGCCCCGGAUUCGUGGGAGCAGGAGGAAGAUGCCGAGGCCCCGGCUCCGGCGGCGGACCUCCCGGCUGCCUUCGCUUCACUCAACGUAAACGCCAAGCCUUUUGUCCCCAACGUUAACGCUCCGGUGUUUGUACCGAGCUUUCUUCAAGCCAGCCCCGGGGAAACGCCGUCUCCAGACGGUACCCCUGACCCAGCUGCUAUCAUGGAGGUGGCAGACCCAGUCGCUCCAGUAGAGAAUGGAAACACAGAGGCGGACAUGACCGCUGAGGAGGAAACGUGGGAACAGAAGGAGGAGCCUGGGGGAGGCGAGGGAGGCGGGGGACAUGAGGACCAGAGGGAGAUGGGAGAUGGCUGUGAGGAGGGAGGUGCCACGGGGAAGGAAGACGAGGAGAUGAUGGAGGAGGAAGAGGAGGAGAUGCCUAUGCCUAAAGUGGCUCCUCCACCUCCUGAUGCACCCAAGAAAGAACACGUGAACGUGGUCUUUAUUGGUCACGUGGAUGCAGGAAAGUCCACUAUCGGGGGACAGAUUAUGUACCUCACGGGGAUGGUAGACAAGAGAACUCUGGAAAAAUACGAACGAGAAGCUAAAGAAAAGAACAGAGAGACCUGGUAUUUAUCGUGGGCUCUGGACACAAAUCAGGAGGAGAGAGACAAGGGCAAGACGGUGGAGGUUGGAAGAGCUUAUUUUGAGACAGAGAAGAAACACUUUACCAUUCUGGACGCCCCCGGACACAAGAGCUUCGUCCCCAACAUGAUCGGCGGGGCGUCGCAAGCUGACCUCGCAGUUCUGGUUAUUUCAGCGAGGAAGGGUGAGUUUGAGACGGGAUUUGAGAAGGGUGGGCAGACCCGGGAACAUGCCAUGCUGGCCAAAACCGCCGGAGUUAAACAUCUCAUCGUUCUGAUCAACAAGAUGGACGACCCCACUGUGAACUGGAGUCUAGAAAGAUAUGAGGAAUGUAAAGAGAAGCUGGUGCCAUUUUUGAAAAAAGUCGGGUUCAACCCAAAGAAGGACAUCCAUUUUAUGCCUUGUUCUGGACUCACGGGUGCCAACCUGAAGGAGCCCGUAGUCGAGUGCCCCUGGUACACGGGUUUGCCAUUUAUUUCCCACUUGGACAGUUUGCCAAACUUCAACCGAUCCAGCGAUGGGCCUGUCAGACUUCCCAUUGUGGACAAGUACAAGGACAUGGGCACCGUCAUCCUGGGGAAGCUGGAGUCUGGCUCCAUCAGUAAAGCCCAGCAGCUGGUCAUGAUGCCCAACAGGCACACAGUAGAAGUGUUGAGCCUGCUUAGUGAUGACGUGGAGACAGACGACGCGAGUCCAGGAGAGAACCUGAAGCUGAGGUUGAAGGGAAUAGAAGAAGAAGAAAUCCUUCCAGGUUUCAUCCUCUGCAGCCCUGAUAACCUCUGCCACUCGGGUCGCACGUUUGAUGCCCAGAUCGUCAUCAUUGAGCACAAAUCGAUCAUCUGUCCAGGAUAUAACGCCGUUCUUCACAUCCACACCUGCAUUGAGGAGGUGCAAAUCACGGCAUUAAUCUGUCUGGUUGACAAGAAGACGGGCGAUAAGAGCAAAACACGACCUCGCUUUGUGAAGCAGGAUCAGGUGUGUAUCGCCAGGCUCCGGGCAGCAGGAGUCAUCUGCUUGGAGACCUUCAAAGACUUCCCUCAGAUGGGACGGUUCACGCUGAGAGACGAAGGCAAAACCAUCGCCAUCGGCAAAGUGCUGAAGCUGGUUCCAGAAAAGGACUAAAUGCACCUGCGUGCAUGGAGCUCCUUCACUCGUUACCUGAGGAGAAACGCUGCCCGAGCUGACCCAAACAGCUCCUCUCUCUCUACACACAACUCUGCUGAAGAGAAGAUCGCCAACAAGGAGGAAGGAAGCAGAGUCAAAUCAUAUCAAAUGAAGAAAACAAGACUGAAAUCAGUUUAUAUGAUGAGCAACAUGAAACGAGUCCAUGUCCAGCGCGUCAGCUUUCUCAUAUUGAGAGCUCGGCUAUGCCACUAAUGUAGCUACACGCCCCUCUUGAUUACUCCCAGGGCCAGCUGUGCUGUCGGCUGGACACGCUAUUUGUUCUUUAGGUCUGUGGAUGCGGCGUUGCUGAGUUUGAAGAGCAAGAGCUGAAAACGCUCAGUGAUUUCUACAUCAUGCAAACAUUGGAGUUGGCUUGUAAUUAUAAUUAAAAGUGCAUCUCCCUUCUUUAGAGUGGACUUGGGAGUCCGGUGGAUAUUUGAUUUUAAAGAUUGCUGUAUCAGAAUUUUAGUUUGGGUUAUUUGGACUGAGCUCACACAGUACUACUCUGAUAAUCCAAGGACAAACGCUCUCAGAAAACAGGCUGUUACAUAAUCUCAACUGAAAAUAAAUGAUCAAGCUGA